ACGGAACAUCUUAAUUAUAUAUCAUCGAAAUGAAUAGCGAGGAAUUUCGAAAACGCGGAACCGAAAUGGUUGAAUACAUCUGCAAAUACUUAGAUACCUUAGAGGAUAGACGGGUUACUCCAAGUGUUGAACCAGGAUAUUUAAGACAUUUAUUACCAACGGAGGCUCCAAAAAAUCCAGAAUGUUGGGAUAAAAUCAUGGCUGAUGUUGAGGAUAAAAUAAUGCCUGGUGUUACACAUUGGCAACAUCCACGAUUUCAUGCAUAUUUUCCCUCGGGAAAUUCAUUUCCAUCUAUUUUAGGUGAUAUGCUUAGUGAUGGUAUUGGUUGUAUUGGAUUUUCAUGGGCUGCAAGUCCUGCUUGUACAGAGCUCGAAACAAUUGUACUUGAUUGGUUAGGCAAAGCAAUCGGUUUGCCUGAUCAUUUUUUAGCUUUGAAAGAAGGUAGCACAGGUGGUGGAGUGAUACAGACCUCAGCUUCUGAAUGUAUACUAGUAACAAUGUUAGCGGCACGUGCUCAAGCACUAAAACGUUUGAAAUCGCAGCAUCCAUUUGUAGAAGAGGGUCAUCUGCUAUCUAAAUUAAUGGCAUACUGUUCUAAGGAAGCACAUAGUUGUGUUGAAAAGGCUGCUAUGAUAUGUUUUGUUAAACUGCGAAUUUUGGAACCCGAUGAAAAUGCUAGCCUUAGAGGACACGUUUUAGCAGAAGCUAUGGAAGAAGAUGAACUCCAGGGUUUAGUACCUUUUUAUGUUUCUACAACAUUGGGUACAACAGGUUCAUGCGCUUUUGAUAAUUUGCCAGAGAUUGGAAAGGAAAUACAAAAAUUUCCCUGUGUUUGGUUGCAUGUAGAUGGAGCUUAUGCAGGUAAUGCUUUUAUUUGCCCGGAGCUGAAGCCGUUACUUAAGGGCAUCGAAUAUGCUGAUUCAUUCAAUACAAACUCCAAUAAAUGGCUGUUAACAAAUUUCGAUUGCUCGACUUUGUGGGUGCGCGACAGAAUCCGCUUGACAUCAGCUUUGGUUGUGGAUCCAUUGUAUCUGAAACAUGGUUAUUCGGAAACAGCUAUUGACUACCGUCACUGGGGAGUUCCACUCAGUCGGCGUUUUCGUUCAUUAAAGUUAUGGUUUGUCUUACGCUCAUAUGGUAUUUCCGGAUUACAAAGCUACAUAAGACAUCAUAUCGAACUGGCCAAACGUUUUGAGCAGCAUGUGCUUAAAGAUAAACGAUUUGAGAUUUGUAAUGAAGUCAAGAUUGAUAGAUUCGAUUACAGACAGAGCGCAAAGCGGUGGUGUGCACAUCUCGUUGUAAUAGCAACACCACAGCAAGAUCAGCAACAUCAUCGAACAACACCAACUACAACACCAUCAACAGCAUCAGCAGCAUCCACAACAACGACAGCAAUUGUUGUUAUGAUCGCGUGUAAUUACAAUCAAAUACAAAAGUAA